AUGCACUCUAUCUCUCUCGCGCUAAAUCCUACAGAUGAGGAGGAGAACGUGUACGAGAGCGUGAACGUGGGCGGCGCGGAGGACGCGGAGGACGGCGCGGUGGGCGGCGCGAGCGGCGCGGUGGGCGGUGUGGGCGCGGGCGCCGCGCUGUGGUGGUGGCGCGUGGCGCCGCCGUGCCGCCGCCACGGGCGCGCGUCGCAGACGCUGGAGUUCAACGAGCGGCUGGCGCUACCGGACGCACGCGACGCGCAGGGCACGGUGCCGCGCGCGCGCCGCCUGCUGCGCGUGGUGGCGGCCCGCGGCGGCGCGGCGCUGUCGGCGUCGUGCGGCACCAUCGACGCGGCGCCGCCGUGCGUGCUGCUGCUGCCGCGCUGGCGCGCGCCGCCGCUGGCGCCCGCCGCCUCGCGCUCCUACCACCUGCUGCCCGAGAGCCAGCGCGCCGCGCACCAGCUGCAGCGCUACAGGGGCGCGCGGCACGCGUGCUGCGAGGCGGACGGCGAGGAGCCGGACGAGGCGGACGAGGCGGAGGAGGACGCGUGGCGCGCGCGCCGCCGCGACGACACGCACCGCCCCGACUGAGCCGCGUCACACGCCGCGUCCAUCUCAUUCUGAGAGGAGACUCGUGCUUAGUAGUGCGCCGGCGACGGGCCGAUGAUGAUGACAGUUUCUUGGCGGUGAAGUGAACAUAGCUGCUGAAGAUCGCCUACAGUGAGUGAUGUGCUGCGGUGUGCGUCGUCGUCAAAUGAACAGAAAGCAUCAGCUGUGGUCCACGCACUGUGACGACGCAUAGCGUUAGUUGCGGCGCGAUGACAGCCACGAUGUCACGAUCGCCAGCAUCCCUGAGCGUCGAUGCUGCGUCAGCCGAGCGCAACGAUUGCGGUUGUAGUAUACGCUGAUGCAGUUGUCCCGCACUCGAGCUGCAGAUCUAGUCUUUAUGAUGGAUGUAUAAGAUAAUGGCGAGCUACCAGCGUUACAUAAUUGCAAACAAAAGAUUUAAAAAAUGAAGUAUCAAAUUAGCUAACAGUGCGACCGACUUACCUGUUCCGGUGACGCGUCGCUAGUGGAGAAUUUAGUUUUGCUAUCUAUCAAACUAACCAAGAAGAAAUGAAAUAAAUUCUUUUCAACAUAGCGAAAAUUAAAUAUAGCUUAGAUAAUAAUUAAUGAUAGUGCAAUACUAGCUGAUGCCUGGAUGGAUUUUGAAAUAGCUCUAGUUCAAUGUUGCCUCAAUUUAUCUAAUCGGAGGCACUGUACCUACCUACUUACACGAUUUGAAUUUUUGAAAUUUGCCGCGACUUGAUCGAAUCAUACUUCUACUUUAGAUUCUAAUUGUAUGGUGGUAUCUAGUGAACCUCCACACGGCUGACGGCUCCCCUUUGACACCCCAAGAUAGUUACUGCGCAGGAAUCGGCGAACUUCACUAACUGUCCAGAAGAUUUACGGCGCCUAUGGUAUUUCAUCUGUGCGUACAGUAAAUUCUUUAUCCUAACAUUUAGUUCAGUUAAACAGUUUCAGUAGAACUCGAUUACAAGUACGAAUUCUAUUAAAUUCGAAAACAUCACUCAACAAGUCACGCAGACUGGUACCGUUGCUUGCAGUCGGGUGAUUUGGAAAACGAAUAUUACUGUAGAAGUUAGCACAGCGAAUAGCGAAUACCGAUUACAUUUUGUAAAAUAUGGUAUAAAAAUGAAUUUAAUUGUCAAACAUCUACAAUGAA